UCUUUACAUUUCCACAUCGCUCGUCGCCAUAAGCUUCUCGACUUCUAUUUAUUCUCGUGUCAAUUCGUCGUUUGCUCACGUGCUUCAAACUCCUCCGAUCGUCCCCUCAAAGCCGUGCUGCUCGACCAGCUUUUUCUUCUUCAUUCUUCGAGUAAUUUCGUAAUAUUCGAGUCAUGUUCGUUCUGAGGCUCUACAAGAGUGCGCGAAAAAACUCGAAUUUUCCUUCCCGAGCUACCGGUUUUUAAGGGCAUUGAAAUCACACUCGCGAGCAUUCGCUCUUCUUCGAGCUGUCGUCAUCGAGACCUUGCAUUUAUAUUCGCGCUCGAGCACGUGUGCAAUCGCAUCCUUAUCUGCGCUCUUAAACUAUUAUUCACUGGCUAUCGACAGCGAUAAGAUAACGUCGAUAUUAAGCUUCUCUUUAAAGAGCUUCAUGUGGCAUAUCGAAGCUCGUAACAUUCGUCGCUCGUGCGUCUCUGUCCACUCGGCGAUUACGAUGCACGAGGCUUGUUACUGGAAUGGGAAAGUUCGCGGAGCACGACUUUCGCCGGCGACUGGAUCCAAUGAGUUAGACAAGAUUCGUGUCCGUGGUGACUCGCUGGCGCAGAAUUUCAGUGGGGAGAGUUUCGAAGAUUCGGAAAAUAUUUUCGACCAAUUUCGCCGAUCGUUCAGCCCGGAAAUCCGCGUUUUUCCAUCAGGCGGAAAACCCUUCAUCCGGAACUGAAAAUCCACCAGCUCUCGAUUCCCGUUUUCGCCUUUCGUUCUUCCGAAGUUCGAGUCGCUUUUUCGCUAGACUUGGCCUCACAGCUGACGUCCUGACGUCCAGCAAAUUUGUCCUAAUGAAGUCCCCAAUUAGCGUCGAUCAACAAGGAAAAUGAGUAAUCGCGGGCGUUCAGCUGCCCACCGGGACGGAGAGCUUCGAACCUUUUUGGGGCAGAAUGAGCCGAAAACAGGGUUUCUCCGGUGCGAGAAGUGUCCAUAUGCUUGUAGCUUCGAUCGCGUUCCAUCGACGGAAAGGAAGGAGCCGGUUCGCACGCGGCGACAGAGUUUAGUCGAGUGCGCGCGCAGGCUGAGUCAUCCCUUGCGCGUGGCGGAGUCUCCCCUCGCGAUGAAGCCACCCCCACGAGGAAGGACGGCCGAAAAAUCGAUCGCGAUUCGAAUGCUCGCGUCGGUUUCGCAGCUCAGACGCCCGAGCGUCUGGCGCGCUGUGCAAUUCUCGGAAAAUUCUCCUAUCGCGUUACGCAAUUGUCGCGAGUUUUGCGCGAUACGUGCACUCGCGGAGGCACGUCAGCUGAUAGACGCGUCUGACGCUCGAGCGUGGAAAAGACCGUUUCGUCGAAACAGUUCCGCGAGCGCCUGGCAUAACGCGAGCCCGACUCGCUUCGCUCCUCCUCGAUACCGCAGAGAAUCAACCUUUUUCAAUCUUCAUCGUCGCUUUUCUCUAUUCCACUCUCGCAUCAGUCUCAAGGACUCGAUGAAGUACGAAAACAGUCCAGCUCGACUCGCGAUGCAAGACGGCAACGGAGACGUGCGGGAAGCUUUUACGAGACGAAUUCCGGCGAACGGAAACGUGCGAAGAAGGUUGUUCGUCGACGCGGAUGAAAACGAGGGGCACGGUCAAGGUCUCUCUGAAAAUCGGACGAACGAAUUUUUCGAGGAUGCUCGCAACAACCUCGAGCAGGCGAAAGAACGAUGGAACUUUGAUUUCGUGACCGAAACACCGCUGCCUGGAAACUACGUUUGGGUGAAGCUCGACAAAGAUGGUAAAGAGGUGCCAGCUCCAGACUCCCCUGGGCAGAAAGACGUGAGCGAAAGCACGAGUGAUCGCGGGGCGUGCCAACUAACCAGGAUUCAAAUGAUGGCAAAGUUGGACGAUCAGUAACCGAAAUUUUCUCGGAUUUCUCGGAUAUUUUGAUAUUGAGAGGACACUUUGUUACUCGAGUAUUAGAUUUUUCGUGUCGAUAUUCAAUUGGAAAUACAAGCGAGGUCAUUGGAAGGAAGUACGAUCACGAGGUCGAGUCCCGGCUUCGGAAGUUGAUUUGAUUUCACGAAAAUUUAUGUCUCGCGGAGUCUGUCGACCGGAAGUGUCGUCAACGGAGUUUUUCUUCCCCAGGAUCCAAAUUUCGCCUUCCAAAAUUGGAUGCUGAUCGACUGACCUCAGAAAUAUGGUAAAAAACCAAAAAAAUGUAACCACGUUGCAUGCUUACAGGAGAAAUGGUACAAAAAAUGUUCAACUUCCGGUUAAAAUUCGAAGGGCACCGACAGACUACUGGGCAUGAGGGCUCGGAACAGCUGAACUCUGUUUCUUCGUCCCACGAGCUUUUCUUGAGCCCCAGGAAAUGAUCGUACUUCCUUGAACUAGUCAGACAGCUCAAGUUUUUGCUCGAAUGAGUAAAAAGCCUUCUCGAUUAAAAUACGAAACCAAAGUUUCGGGUCAGUGAUGAGAGCGAGGAUUUUCGGAGGCUUUUAUUUAUUCUCGUAUUGUGUGAACUUGAGGAGUCCAAUCUGAUAUUGAAAGCGAGCUUUCCACGCAACGAAAUUGCCUUUCUUUUUUUUAUAUUCUUAGAACUGUCGAAUUACCAUUGAUUUUAAUCAGCAGAAAAUUUAUUAAAUUAUUUAUUAAUACUUUUUUAAUGUGCAAUAUUUAAAAAUCUGUAUUCAUCAUUAUACUCAUACGUAUGACCAGCGCGAGAUUCAUCGUCGCAUUACGUUUUGUAGAAAAACCAAUAAUUAUUGUAAUAUAUUUAUACAACAUUUGA